AUGCCCCGUACCAUCUCCCUCAGCAUCUUCGACAACGGCGCCAAGCCCGCCCACUGGGCCAUCUUCAUCCCCACCGGCGACCAAGGCCUAAGAGGCAAAAUCAUCCAUCGCAACUAUGACUUCCUGAGUGAGACUCGCAUAUACCAUAUCCUUCCUCUCGCCCAAGUCAGUGAGCAGUAUGUGAGAGAUACGGUGGGGAAUGGGCGGGAAUCGAUAGAUACUAUCGCGCGGGACCGGAUGGAGUCGGUGGCGGUUGUUGUACCCGCUCCGGGGCGGAGUUUGAAUCCUUUUGAUCCGACGGCGUUGAAUUGUCAGAGCUGGAUAUUUCACUAUGUUCAGAGAUUGAGUGUGGAGGGAUUGGUUUCUAGUGAUGCGAGCUUGGUUUUGCAGAGUGCUCCGAGGGUGUUGCGUAAGUGA